AUGGGGUCUGCAGGUGACCUGAGCCAGGAGUCAGCUGCAGAUGAGGAUGGCGAGCCAUCAGGAAGUCCUGGGGAGAAGUUAAUGAGCAAGAUUACCAUAAGCCAAUUUGGAGAUGGCAUGUUCUGGUACCCUACACACACAGACCCUCGUCUUAGGUAUGAGAUGAGGAGCCUGCGUGGGAGUUCAGGACGAACACAUUUACCAAUUAUUUACCCUAGGACCAGGUCUGCCAGACAAGAAACUGCACACAAACCUGUGAUUUCCCUUCAACCUCCGUGGACCACUGUCUUCCAAGGGGACACAGUGACUCUGACUUGCAAUGGGUUUCACCUCUACCCACCACAGAAAACAAAAUGGAAACGUCGCUAUUCUAGGAAAGAAAUAGAAACCCCAGGAAACACCCUCGAGGUCCGUGAACCUGGAGAGUACAGUUGCCAGACCGGGGACUCACCCCUAAGUAAUCCUGUGCGCCUGUCCUUCUCCUCAGGGCCCUUCAUCUUGCAGAUCCCAUAUUCUGUAUUUGAAGGCGACACAUUGGUUCUGAGAUGCCAGAGAAGGGGGAAAGAGAAACUAAAUUCCGUGAAAUACGUUUGGAAUAGCAAAACUCUUUCUGCUUCUAAUGAAAGCUGGGAUCUUCUCAUCCCACAAGCAAGUUCAAAGAAUGAUGGCACUUAUCAAUGCAUUGGAUUUGAAAGCAAAAAUGCUGUAUUUAGAUCAAAUUCUAAAGUGAUCAAAGUUCAAGAACUGUUUCCACUUCCAAAGCUGAAAGCCACAGUCUUCCAGCCUACUGAGGGGAGCUCUGUUAACCUGAGCUGUGAAACACAGCUUUCUCCAGAGAGGUCGGACACCCCGCUUUAUUUCAUCUUCUUCAGAGACAAUGGGGGUACCCUGUCAAACAGAAGCAGGUCCCCAGAAUUCCAGAUCCCAACCAUCUGGAGCGAGAACUCGGGCUUCUAUUGGUGUGGCACUGAGACAGAGACCUGCAGUGUCAGCAAAUACAGCCCCCGGCUACAGAUCCGAGUGCAAAGGAUCCCUGUGUCUGGAGUGCUCAUGGAGACCCAGCCCCCAGGAGGGCAGGCAAUUGAAGGGGAGACGCUGGUCCUCAUCUGCUCCGUGGCUGAAGGCACAGGGGACACCACAUUCUCCUGGCACAGAGAGGACACGGAGAGUCUGGGAAGGAAAACUCAGCGUUCCCAGAGGGCGGAACUGGAGAUCCCUGUCGUCAGGAAGAGCCACUCGGGGAGAUACUACUGCUCUGCUGACAACAGCUAUGGCUCCGUGCAAAGCAGGGUAGUGAACAUCACGGUGGCAGGGACUUCAGGCAACAGAAGCAGCAUAGCGGUUGCAGGGUCUGUGGGAAGCCUGUGCAGCACUCUUCUCCUGGCUGUGACACUGCUGUUCUGCUGGCACCGGAGGAAAUCAGGAGAUGAUUUCCAGAGAAAUGAAACCAGGAGCCUUCCUACCCCCGGCUGGCGAGAGCCCUCCCAUUCUGUCUGCCCUGUCCAGGUGGAGCUGUGGCCACUGAAUGGCAAUGUACACCCGGAAGAAGGAGACUUGGUAUAUUCUGAGAUCCAGACUCUUCAGCUGGGGGAAGGAAGGGAAGCCUCACACUCCUCUCCUUCCACUGCCAUCUUCCUCUCUUUCCAACAUGGCUCAGUGGUCUACUCAGAGGUGAAGACACAGCUACCAGAUAACUCAGCUGGAAAUGUCCAUUCUAAGGAUGAAGACAUCAUGGAACAUUAUGAGAAUGUCCAACGCAUGUAGCAAAGGCCCAGUGCAGUCCCCAUGGCCCAUGGAGUAACAAACUAGCUCCAAUCUCCAGUUCUGUUCACCCAUGUGCAUUCAUUCCCUGGACUUCUCAUCCACUCUGAAAUAAUGGGCUGGCCUCUAAAGAGCCUUUUUAAAAUGACCAGGAUCCACAAUUAAGAGAAGAUGCUAUAUUAUCUGCACUGGGCCUGACCUACUGAAUUCACCCAGGUCUGAUUCAGAAAAACAGAAUAAGAGGCUGCUUUUGAAAAACAGAAACUCAAAUUUUGGUGAAUUGGGAUUCGCAGAGAAAUAGAAAACACUGGGUGACCGGAUCCGUUUAAUGAACUUAUAAUCAUUCUCUCACUAGAGAGUCCAUACCAUGAGUAUCUACAUUUGUGUAAAGUGGCUCACUGGUGAGCAGCUGCAUGGGCAAGGCAGAGUCCUAACUCCUGCCCACACCAUUUACACUCAGGGUUUGGUUAUAGACAGCCCACCCCAAAGGGUUUACAGGGGGAGGAGUUUUCAAAAGGAUUUUUAAAAGCUUCACAAAAUCAUCAAAAGAGCUGAAGAAGCAGGCUCUAGGCUGAGCUCCUAAAAGCAAAAACUAAUUAUGGUAAUGUCACUAGGACAAAUUUUGUUGGGUGGUUUCCUGCCCUACACAUUGGUUAGCAUCACAACUAGCCUAGUAUAGGGCGCUUCCUCCUGGGGGGUGCUUCCUGACAGGAAAUUAGCCCUGCCCCCUGCAGAGUAGCCAGCCGCAUGUGUCUAAAUGGAAUCCAACUGCUGUACCAGAUCAACCUGCCUGUUUAUAGCAAAUACAUGAGACAAAGGACCAAGUUACAUAACACCAUGGGCCUGCGAUCAGAAAAAUGCAAAGGGAGGAAAGUUCUACAGGACCAACUUUCUUUAACAAAUGGUGAAAGGGAAAGGGAAAAAGUAAUUCAAAUGUUUCUAGCAUAAAUAAUUAUGGUGAUAGCUCAAUUAUGCUUUGAUUUUUAUAAAUGUAUUUAUCUCAUGCACCCCCUCUGCAAAAAAGGGAAGAUAUGGGACUGGAGACAUAUUUAUCAAAAGGAAUGGUCAGGCCUUGUUUGGAUCCUGGCUGGAACAAAUCAAGUGAUGAAAAAAAAAAUCACACCAUACUAAGGGAAAUGUGUACACUAACAUUAGGAGAUGUAUGUUUGGUAUAUAAAUGUUAGCAUUGUAGUUACGCUCUUGUAAUGAUAAGAGAGACAGAUUUUUAGAGCUUAUACUGAAGUAUCUAUGGAUGUAUUAAAUGUACAUGAUUAAAUGUGUAUUAAACCAGACUAAAUGAUGUGAUUAGGUGUGAAAUAACCCAAUGAGGGGAGGGUGGAUUAGAAGCAGAUAGGUAUCAACAAGGGAGGGUCAGUCAUGUGCACCCCGUGUCUGGAGCCAGGCACGUUGUGGGAGGAAAUAGGGCUUAUACACAGACUAUUCUCUACUUUUGUAUGUUUUUAAUUUCCUACAAUAAAGAGGUGAA